UAAAAUAUUUUCGAUUUGACGUCUCUCGAGUCGGCCAGAUUGUGUCGCGAUUCAUCCCCGGGGACACGCACGUUCCGGAUCGAGCAGAACCCGAACCCCCUAGAAUGUGAAACGUCGUUACCGAGUUCGUGUCGAAAAUGUCUUUGCUCAAUUUUAAAGUCACAAUCAAGUCGAUGAAGCUGCUGAUCUGCUUCAUCGGAGUGUCCUCACUGCUCCUCCUGGUGUUCUGUCUGUACACGACGCUCAACACUCCGGAAAAGGUGAUUCAGCCGCUCUUGCCGAGUCCGGACCAGCAGGUGAUCAGCUAUGAGCUGUUGCGGAGUCAAAAUGCGGCCCUCGUGCCGGAAAAGUACAACGAGCACGAAAUCAAGUCGCGGAUCAUCCGGGAGAAGAUUAAGCGACUGGCGGGGGUUGGUGGACCGAAGAACGCGGAACUGAUGAGUACCCCGGCGAGGAGAAAUCGGACCAUUGCGUUGAAUAGGAAUAUUCAGAUCUUUUACUACGCGCCGGUGCACUGGUACAGGUUGCACCCGACGGUGCCGAGUGAUAGGGUCGUCAGCCGCAUCACCGAGAACGGUUCGGCCGUGUCGUUCCGUCCCAACGACGACCAGGUCAUAAACAUUGCGUUCUACCCGAAACGGGCGCUGUACAACACGACGGAAUCGAUCGUGCGCGAGCACUUUCACGACAUCCAAAACUGUGGCAUCGGGACGAUCGUGCUGGUGUGGCAUCCGGCGUUCAACGAGGGACUGCUGCGGGCGAUCUUCAAAAUGGCCGCGAUUCACAAUUUGAAGGUGGCGAUCGAGAUUCUGGAGUAUCCGGAACGGACGAUCGAGGGCAUUCGGAGCAACAUCAAGUACUUUAUGGACCUGUUUGGGAAGGACCAGGACAGCACGUUGAGUUACUUUCGGGUGUUGUCCAAGCAGAAGGAUCUUCCGAUAUUCUACAUUCGGCGGGCGUAUCAGAUUGCGGACGCCGAUUGGAUGCGGUUGCUGUCGCGGAAUGGGAUUUUGACGAUCCGUGGGACGGCGUACGACGCGAUCGUGCUGGCCCACAUCGGAACCAAAGAGCACAAGUCGGUGGUGAGGCGGGGUGGGUUUGACGGGUUCUACACGUAUUUGCCCAGCAAUGGUGCGAACUACGCGAGCACGUGGAAGAAUUGGUCCCAGCUGAAGAAGUACGGCGAUACGUACAAACUGAUGUUUGUGCCGACAAUCGGUCCGGGUUAUUACGACCGGAAGAAGUUCUCGCGGAGUGCGACCACAAAUCACGGUAUCAACAACAUCAAGCGAUACCGAUCCAACGGACAGUAUUACGACGUGGCGUGGAGGACGGCCCUCAAAAACAACGCCCAGAUCAUCACGAUCAACAGCUACAACAACUGGGUCGACGGAACGCAGAUCGAGGCGGCGAUUCCGGUGUUUGGGUUCCGGGACUAUCUGCCCGGACCGCCGGAAAAGUACCUGGAUCUGACGCAGUCGUGGAUCGAGGAGUACGUCAAGUACAAACUGAACAGCAUGGCCCGCAAGACGGACGCGGCGCUCGGAUGUUACGACUUUAUCAACAACACCAUCUGCUAAAUCUUCCCCAGUUUUUAAAAUCUAUCUCUGUGUGUGUCCCGUAGUUCUAGAGAGCACAAGCAAUUUAGCGGCCGUUUCUAAAGCGGAAAGACGUUGAAAAUCCUACGAAAAUGUAAUGAGUGAGAUUAGGACGAGCACAACAAACGAAAAAGGGUAAAUUGGUACAAGCAAAACGCGUAGCUGGCGUUCUUUAAUCGCACGUAAGAUAAGAGCAACUAAAAAAACACAUUUUUCAAAACUUCUACACGUUGUUGGUACCUCCCUCCGCCCCUUGCGCUUCGAUAGUGAUGUAGAAUGGAACAUUGUUGUAUAGGAUAGAGACAUCCUUCCAGGCUAGCUUUAACAAUAAAAAAAAUGUGAAUCGUUUUACAAAAGUGUA